AUGGACAGCGCGGUAACCCUCACUUCGCCCCACAGGGACGAGUCUCCCUCACCAUGGUGUCCCGUGGAGGAGAUGAGCGUUGAGGACAGGCUCCGGAUGCUGGUUUCGGAGGUCCUUGGUGUCAAGGAGGAGCGAAUCGACCUUCUCGACUCCUUUGUUGAACUUGGCGGCAAUCGGCGCAGCGCCGAGAUCCUCCGGCGCUCAUGUCUAGCCGCUGGCAUGAGCGUCAGCACACAUGAUAUCCUCACUUGCCGGACUCUGGCAGAGCUCCAGACCCGCAUUGUACCACACCCAACAACGCCGCCUUCGGACGCUUCGCAAGCCUCGCCCGUCGCUCCUCUUCACCUGACAUCCUCCAACGAGGACUUGAGCACAGAUGAAACUUCACCGAGCCCCAGUUCUAGACAAUCAAGUACGUCCAGUAAAACGACAGCGGGCUGCGGGAACGGCGCGGAAGAGCUGGUCGCACUGCACAGGGCAGUGUCCGAUGCCGUCUUCCUCAGGCCCAGGGCUGGUCUCCUCGACGGCAAGCUCGUCGCCAUUCUCACCUUGACCAUCUUUCAGUCCAAGGAACCGUUUCAUGUCUCGGAACCCCAGAUUAUCUCGCAGCACAAGGCUGUCUUUGCAGGAACCCAAGUCGCCGAUGUACGCCGGGAGCUGGAGGCUUCCCCCGACAAGUAUCAGCGCCCUGACGUUUGGGUUGUGAUCGAGAGUAUGCCUGUCACCGAAGACGGCGCUACAGACCGGCGCCGCUUGCGCACCUGGAUCCAGAACAUCAACGAGACUGUCUAUCAGAGCAUCAUGAGCCUGGACGUGCACCAGACGCUCCUCGGACCAGCGAAUGAGAUGGAGCGCUCCGUUCAGCGCCUUGUUGGCAAAGCUCUACAACUCCCUCUGGAACGCAUCGGCAUGAACUUUUCCUUUUCCCAGCUCGGAGGCGACGAGCUGCUUGCCAUGCAACUCGUCGCACGUGCCAAGCUCGAGUCCAUCUUCCUCGAGGCUCACGAGAUCAUGUGCCCCAAUCUGAAGUUGCAGCAGCUCGCCAAUCUGGCGUCUCAGAAAGGGGGCCUGGCUCACAAACAGGAAGAGGAAUUGCCCGGCGACUUCGAGCUUGCGCCAAUGCAACACGUGUAUUUCCACACCGCCAUGGGAGGAGAAUAUGCCGAACGCACAUCGAGCAAUCUAGCCUACCGUUUUAACCAGAGCAUGCUCUUGCGCAUCAACGCCAUGGUCACCCCGGAAGAUGUCCGUGCCGCAAUUGAGGCUGUCGUCGGCCAUCAUUCCAUGUUGCGUGCUCGUUUUACUUUCACCACCGAGGGAUGGGUGCAGCACAUCCAGCCCGAGGUAGCAGGAUCCUUCCGCCUCGAGCACCGAGCCGCCAACACCGAAGAAGAUAUGGAAGCGAUCAUCGAGGCGACACAAGCCAGCAUCGAUGUCGAAAGCGGACCCGUGUUCGCCGUCGAUCACGUGCGCACAAGAGAAGGCCAGGAGCUCUUGUACAUCAUCGCCCACCACCUCGUGGUCGACCUCUUGUCCUGGAGGGUCAUCAUCCGGGAUCUUGAAGAGCUGCUGGAGAAAGGGAGCUUAAUGUCCCAAAGAUCCAUGCCCUUCCACAAGUGGAUUGAAAUUCAAAGGGCGGAGGUGUUGACAGCCACCGUCGCCGAGCGUGUGGUUGAUGUGACGCCAGGCGACUACCUGUAUUGGGAGAUGCAAGAUGUUCCUAAUACGUAUGGUGAUGCUACAGAGGCUGGAUUCAUUCUCAGCCCCGAGCUUAGCACACUCCUCCAGGGCACCUGCAACCGGGUAUUCGGCACCGAGUCUGUGGACAUCUACAUGGCUGCCCUCCUUCUCUCCUUCUCACAAACCUUCCAUGACCGACCGGUCCCCGCCAUCUGGAACCAGGAGCACGGCAGAGAACUUGAGGAGCCCGAGCUCGACAUCUCUGAGACUGUGGGCUGGUUCACUACGCUCUGUCCUGUUCAGGAAUCCGUACAAGGAUCUGACGAUUUUAUCGAGGUGCUUAAGCGCGUAAAGGAUGCCCGUCGAUCUACUCGUGUCAAGGCAUCACAUAACCUCGCCGCGAGGCUCUUCAAUGCCGAUGCACCGGAUCUGCUGGCUACUGAACAGCCAUUCGAGUUCAUCUUUAGCUACGCUGGCUCGCUGCAGCAGCUCGACGGCACCAGCGGCUUUUUGGAACAAGUCACUAUUCCUGGACGUACACUUGCCUCACGAACGAGCGACAUUGGCCCGCAGGUUGGCCGCAUCGCGCUCUUUGAGGUCAACGCCAUGAUCGACCGCGGAAUCGCCAAGAUCAAGAUUCUGUACAACCGCCGAUCCAAGCAUCAGGAGCGCAUCAAAUCCUGGAUACAAAACUACGAGCACCUGCUUCUCGAGGCAAUAGGGCGCCUUCGCUAUCAUGCGGAAGAGCUUACCCUCUCGGAUGUUCCCUACCUCGAUGUCAAGUAUGAGAGCAUUGCAAAGCUCAAUGUUUCGCUGACAUCAGAGCUCGGUCUGACGACCGUCCGCGAUGUCGAAGCGGUGUACCCGGUGACGCCCGGUCAACAGAGCCUACUCAUUACACAGGCAAGAGAGCCGGAGAGGUGUUUUCUACAUUCGUACUACGAAUAUGCGUCGCCAAUUGGUGAGAUGGUCAAUAUCAGCCGGCUUUGUGCCGCUUGGCAGCAUGUCGUUGCGAAGCACCCGGCGUUGCGGACCGUUUUCAUUGAUAGUGUGACCGAGACAGGCCUUUUCGACCAGGUGAUCCUCAAGAGAUGCAGCCCUAAUAUGCUGUUUUUCGACGCUACGCCUGGCGAGGAUCCGGUCGAGGCUCUCUCCGAUCUACCGACCGAACCCAACAAUCCUGGACAGCCGCGGCAUCGGCUGGCCGUAUGCAAGACGCCGAUUAAAACAAUCGUCAAGAUUGAUGUCAGCGAGACUCUUUGCGAUGCGAUGAGCUUCCACACCAUCGUCAGUGACCUGCGUAAGGCUUAUACCACUGAGAGAGCUCUUCCCGAGCCUACCGGCAUGCCAUACCCUGGUUACAUUCGGUUUCUUGGCUCCGCGCGCAGCAGCGACAGCCUUGGCUUCUGGAAGGAUCGGCUGUCCGCUAAUCGUCCCUGCAUCUUACCACGCCUUGGCAACCGGAACCUACCUGGCCCGUCAGAAAAGGCUCACUUGGACAUCGAUAUUCAGCCCAGGACUGUUGCUGACUUUGCACGAGCCCAGAACGUCACUCCUGACACUGUCCUCCGCGCUGCUUGGGGUCUUGUCGUGCGAGCCUAUACCGGCAUGAAUGAUGUGGUUUUUGGAUAUCGCACGAGCGGAAGGGAAGCAGCUUCAGGCUCGCCCAGCAUGAGGGGCUCGGUCGGCUCCUACGCCAACAUUGUCGCAUGCAAUAUGGAUUUGUCGCCUUACAAGACUCUUGCUGCUGUUCUUCGGGCGGUGGAGGACCAUCACGUAGCAUCGCUGCCCCAUCAGUACGUUUCGAUUGCCGAAGUAGCCCACAAGCUAGGCUUGAAGGGCAAUGAGUCGCUGUUCAACUCGUAUCUCUCAUACACAACCGAGCCGGCGGACUUGAACAGCAGGUUCUCUAUGACGCCGGAUGUCGUGAUUCGAAAUAUCCUUAACCAGGAAACCUCGCAAUAUGAUCUCGCUGUCAACGUACGCUUCCUGUCUGGCAGACUUGCUGUCGACAUCGACAGCUCGCUCAUGCCGGAGAGCCAGGCGCUCAAUCUUGCUAGCACAUUCGGACGGGCCGUCCAGGCCAUUCUCGAGUCUCCCAACGGUUCUGUCGAGGGCGUUGACUUGUUCACUGACCGCGACUUUGCUCAAAUACUCACUUGGGGCAAUGAAGCAGCCGGCACCAAACACCCGAACGGCAUUGUUCAUGAUCUCGUCACCAAGCGAAGCCUGGACCACCCAGACUCACAGGCCAUUUGCGCUUGGGACGGCGAGCUCACGUACCGACAGCUUACGCAGUACUCGGAGAUGCUCGCCUAUCACUUGAUCGAUGCCGGCGUGAAGCCACAGGACAGAAUUCCCGUUGUCAUGGGCAAGUCUCAAUGGACCCCGGUUACAAUGCUUGCGGUGCUCAAGGUCGGCGCUUCGUUCGUCCCAAUCGAUUCGGAUGAGUUGGGUCUGUUGCAGCCGAUGUGCGACCAGCUUGACUGUAAGCUCGCUCUCUGCGACGAGGUUGUGGCCCAAGUCCUGGCCAGCGUUUUCAAGAAGCUCAUCAUCAUUUCGUCCGACGUCAUGGAGACAUUCCGGCUCCCGGAGAUGAGACUGCCUCUUAUCUGUGGGCCAAACGAUAUUGCCUGUGUAUUUUUCACGCCCGUGUCAUCAAAGCAAGUUAAGGGUCUGGCUUUCACGCACGAGGCGAUGACGACGGCAUUCUUGGCUCAGGGUCCCGCAGCAGAUAUCUCUCACCGCAGCCGUGUCAUGCAACUCUCGUCCAUCAAUGUCGAUAUUGCACUGGCCGAGAUCUUUACAACCCUCAUCCACGGAGGUUGCGUCUGCAUUCCCAAAUCUUCUGACCGACUGUCGGAUUUCACUGGUGCCGUCCAGCGGCUGAACAUCAACUGGUCAUACAUGACGCCCAACCUGUCAAGAAAGCUCAACGUAGAUGAGCUCACAACCCUCAGGACUGUUUGCUUUCGCACCCGAACUCUGGAUGAAGACUCAUGGCAGCCGUGGGCUGGAAAGAAGAAGGUCCUGUUUGCCUAUGGUGCACCUGAUGUCUGCCCUCUGGGUAUUGCCUUCUUGGAGGUUUUUGGGCCCCAGGAUCUAAACCGUAUUGGGAGACCGUUGGUGGGCAGCUUUUGGAUCAUCAACCCCGAGGACCACCGCAAGCUGAUGCCCAUUGGUGCCGUUGGCGAAUUGGUCAUCGAGGGCCCAACACUCGGCUGCAGCUAUUCUAAUGGCCGCAUUGAUAUGACCUAUUGGAAUAGCGCCGAGUUCAACGAGGGCAAGAAGACCAAGUACUACAAGACGGGGCACCGGGUGCGCUACAUGGAGAAGGGAGUCUUGGAGAUGAUCUCGAGCAAGGCUGAGGACCUGCAAUUGAAUGGCAGGACAAUUAUUCUGACCGAGAUUGAGCAGCAUCUUCGUCGCUGCCUUGGUCACGGUGUCGAUGUCAUGGUCGAGGCGAUUGCUUUCCGAGGAACCAAAGCGCCACCAGACCUUGCUGCCUUUGUCGAACUCGGGCCGCUAUUUGACGGGACUGACGACCUUGCGCGACUUAGCGAGGUGACGCGAGAGCGACUGUUUAUCGCUAAGAAGCUUGUUCAGACUGCCCUGCGUAACACCGUCCCGGGUUACAUGCUCCCGACCCUCUACAUCCCCGUCAAGCAGCUUCCGCUGACGCCCUCACUCAAGAUCAACCGGCGCAGUUUACAAAAGAUGAUCAAGGGACUUUCCCGCGAUCAGCUGCUGGCUCUUUCGGAAAUCCCGAGUCCGAUCAACGUACAGACUAUGGGCUUUAAGCCGCUGCCGCUGACCGAAGCGGAGGAGCGCAUGCGCAAGACCUGGGCCCGAGCUCUCAGAGUUGAGCCAGCGGCCAUCAACACUGCAGAUGGCUUCGUCCGCGCUGGAGGUGACGUGGUCUUGGCAUCCAAGCUGGUGGCAGAGUGCCGCAAGCAGAGCAUCAAGGUCUCCAUUGCGGACCUGAUGAACAAUAUUGCUCUGACAGAUAUAUGCCGCUCUACAGUCAACCUGGAGGAGAACCCAGCUCCGGAGACAACCUCUGCACCUGCAUCGCCUUCGAAAGAGCCGGCGGCUGCCGCCCACAUGUCCAUCAGCGAGAAGCUCGUGGGCAUUCUCGCUGCCAAGGCUGGCCUGGACCGAAACAUUAUCGAAGACUUCGCAGAGGCUUCGGCCAUCCAAGCGCGUUCCAUCGAGGCAGGAAUGCUUCGCGGCCGCGCCAACGUCAACUAUCUCCAGUUCUCCUUCAACGGGUCCGUCAACAACAAGAAGCUCGAGGAGGCCUUCCAAACGCUGACCAGAAUUCACCCCAUCCUACGUACCGCCUUUGUUCCUCACAAUCGCAAGGUCUACCAGGUUGUUCUCAAAGAGUUCCAUACCGGGUUCAAGCGUCACAUGUGCCCAAACUGGAGGCUGGAGGGGCUUGCCGAGAAGCUUAUCAAGAAGGACCAGAGCAGCCCGAUCUCCUUCUCUCUUCCAUUGACCAAGGCAACGUUGGUUGACGCGCCCAAGCAGACAACCCUAAUCCUGCGACUGUCCAAGGCCCAGUACGAUGACCUAUCUGUCGCUGUUCUAGUCAAGGACCUGAAGCGCCUCUAUGAUGGCUCCCAGGCGCCGCCCAAGCGCCCCACCUACUGCUCCUUCAUGCGCGCCGCGCACAGCGCGAGCAUCAACGGCGGUGAAGAGUAUUGGAGGCAGGUCUUGGACGGUGCGACGAUGACUCAGGUCAUUGCCCACAGCAAGCCUUAUACUCUGACCACCAACGCCAAGACGAUCAAGGAGCAGAUGCCCAUCAGCCUUCCGACCAAUCUGGGUAUCUCUUUCGAGACUGUUCUCAAGUCCGCCUGGGCCAUGGUGCUUGCUACGCUCGCUGGGACCGGCGAUGUUGUUUUUGGCGAGAUGAUCGAGGGUCGCCAUGCCCAUCUGCGCAAGGGGCAGUCUGCAUAUGGAGUCCUGGGCCCGACCUGCAAUGUCCUGCCCGUGCGUGUCCGCUUCGGAGAUGUCGCACUGUCGCCUCUUCAGCUGCUACAGUACGUGCAUGCCCAGCGCCUUGCGAGCAUUCCAUUCGAGAACUUUGGGUAUCAGCGCAUGGUCCAGAAGUGCACGUCCUGGCAGUACUGGACGCGCCUGAGUACAGUUGUGCAGCACCAGCGGGAGGAGACGUCUCUGAGUGCUGAGGAGCCCAAGACAUUCCAUUUGGGCAGUGCGGGUUGCAAGCUCACCAUCACCGAGGCCAAGGCCAAAGAUCUCCCGGACCUGCUCGUGGAAUCCAUGAUCCACGAGACCGAUAAGCUGAGUCUGUCAAUGACGUUCUGCGCAGACCGAGUCCCCGUCAGCUUUGCGAAGGAGGCGCUCCGCAUGCUGUCGGCCAACAUUGACCUGCUCACCGGCGUGUCGCUUAUGCAGACUGUGGUGCCCACGGGCACCGAGUACUCCAACAUGCAGCACCAGAUCCCUCUAGCGCAGGCCUCGGGCACCAUCAACCAGCUCAUGUCCGAGGUGCAGAUCAUCCAACAGAAGAAGGCCGCCGAGGACAUGCUCACGGAGAAACAGAUGGUCGCUCUGCGCGAGUUCAUCACCAAGGCCUGGCAGGUCGUGCUGGACCCCAAGAAACUCGGAGUGCCCGAGGAGCAACAACACAACGCUGCUUUUUAUAACCUCUGGGGCUCGCUGCUGCCGGCUGCGCAGCUGGCCAUCUACAUGACCAAGGAGUCGGCCAAGGUCGACCUGCCGGGUCUGCCCCGCGGGUUUAGCGUGACGAUGGAGGAGAUUAUCGAGCACCCGACGAUGAUGCGCCAGUACGAGCUCAUCGCUCGGAAGCUGACUGGCGGCGGCGAGGGCAAGCGCUCGUCUGGCGAGACCGAGCAACGCUUCACCAGUCCGACCGUGACCAAUACGACGACGUCACGCCGGCGGUCCACCAUCACGGCCGGCGCAACCUUUGGCAAGAGCAUCCUCCGGCUGGCGACGACGAAGUUGCACGGUGACCGCAGCAGUACCUUGGGCCAUAGCCGUAUGCACUCUGCCCCGCCGGUGACUGCGGCAGCUGCCACUACGAUUGCCGAGAACAACACGGACGAAUUCGUCUCGCCGCUGACGCCCGAGAACCAAGUGGCUGCCCAGCAACUCACAUCUGCGGCCACGGCCACGAAGACGACUGAAGAAUCGAGCACCGCGCCGCAGCUGCCGAUGCUCCCGCUGUUCACGCCGGUGUGCGACGUCGGCGAUCCGAUCGACGAGCCGGCGCCGCGGCAGGCCGGGCGGCAGGGCAGCAAGACGAGCAUGGAGUCCAUGACGGACGGCAGCAGCGCGACGAGCGAGGAGGCGCCGCUGGCGCCCGUGUCCACGGUGUCUGCGACGACGACGGCCACCAAUGGUGGAGCUGAUGGUGUGCGAGGGGUGCACUUUGACGGAACUGGUGAUGUCCCCGCCCAUAACGGCAUCCAUGACAACAACGAGACUCACGCGCCCAAGAGCCGGCUGGAGGGCAUCGCGGAGCAGGACUUUGUGAUUUGGGUGGGCGUUGUAGGGCAUUUGCUGGACGAGAGGGGCCGGGCGCUGCGGGAGAAGAAGGGCGCCGGCGCCGGCAUGUUCGAGGUCAUUGAGGGGCUCUACGCCGCGGGCAACUCUUCUGCCAGCGUGAUGGGGAGGACGUACGCUGGUGCUGGAGCGACGCUGGGGCCUGCGCUGACGUUUGCGUACAUUGCUGCUACUGACUGCGGAAAAGCGCGAAGCUGA